AUGCCACAGCACUCCUCAACACCCUCCACCACCAAGCCUCCCUAUCCCACCCACACAGCAGGUGAGGACGAAUGGGCGGAUGAGCUCAGCCCACUCCCCCAAGAUCUCCCGCCCGCGGCGCCAACGGGUCGACGCAUAACCAUCGUGGCGCGCUCCAUCCCGCCCAGCGACAUCGCAAUCCUCCCCUCAGAACGCGGCAGCCACCCGUUCCAGCGCAACGGUUCUAUGGCCUCGGUGCUUAGCGCCCUGUCCUUGUCUCAGCGCUCAAACCAUCGACGUAGUCCGUCCACGACGUUACUUCUUGACACGCACAAACUCCAGCGUACGACGUCCAUGGCAUCUGGGCGCUCGAUGGGUAGCGCGAAUAGCCGGCUUGGACGGGUGGCAGAGGACUUCUAUGGACGUAAGGUACUUGGGUGGGCGAAGGAUAAGCAGCGCUCGAUUGGGCAGUAUCUGCGUCAAGUGCAGAAUCGGGGGAAUCAUAAGGGACGAUGA